CUUCAACUUUAAAUAGACACAUUGAAGUGAUAUUUCUUUUAUGAAAUGUCUGUAGAAUUGUUUGGGUGCAUUAGACGGAACCGCUAUCAAGGUAACUGUGCCAACACAUCUAAAAGGAAGAUAUAGGUCAAGGAAAGCGGACAUUGUGACAAAUGUAUUGGGUGUUUGUGCACCCGAUAUGCAAUUCAUCUAUAUGCUACCUGGUUGGGAGGGUUCAGCGCAUGAUGGUCGUGUGCUGCGUGAUGCUAUCUCGAGGCCAAAUGGAUUGCGUGUCCCUCAAGGUUGUUAUUAUCUUGUUGAUGCGGGUUAUACAAACGCCAAUGGAUUUCUAGCACCUUAUCGAGGUCAACGAUACCAUUUGGGUGGUUGGACAGCGCAGAAUCCACCACAUAGUGCUGAGGAGUAUUUCAAUAUGUGUCAUGCUCGAGCAAGAAAUAUUAUAGAGAGGGCUUUUGGAAGGCUUAAAGGGCGAUGGGCGAUUCUUAGAUCCCCUUCAUAUUUUCCUAUAAAGACUCAAUGUCGUAUAAUAAUGGCAUGUGCCCUUUUGCACAAUCUAAUUUUGCAAAAAAUGUCUAGAGACCCUAUGGAAAGUGAGGAACAAUCAGUGGUAGAUUCUGAAAUGCCUGAGGGAGAAGUUGGUGAACCAGAAUUCAUUAUGGGUAUCUCCACAACAAAUGCGUGGAGUACUUUUCGUGACACUCUUGCGCAGGGGAUGUAUAAUGCUUAUAGGGCUUCUCAUUGAUUAUUUCAUGAAUGGACAUUUUGGAGGGCUCUAUUGCUGUUCGUGGUAGGGGGAAAAACAAAAGGAAGUGGAUUCCUGUUGAAGAUGAUGAACUGAUCAAAGCAUUGGUUGAUGUUUCUUUGGAUCCGAGGUGGAGGAGUGAUGGGAGUUUCAAGAAUGGUUACACUUCAGUACUUGAAGCUCGCCUCGCUGAAAAGCUACCUGAUUCAAAAAUUUCUGCAACUCCUCAUAUCGAGUCAAGGUUAAGAUACUUCAAGACAAAGUAUUCUGCUUUGGAGCAGAUGUUGAACAAGAGUGGGUUCACAUGGGAUCCGACCAAGAAGAUGAUUCAGUGCAAGAAACAACAAUAUGAGACACAUUGCAAGAAUAAUCCAGAUGCGAAAGGGUUGUAUGGAGUGUCCUUUCCUUACUAUGAUGAACUUUCAAUGGUAUAUUCCAAGGACAUGGCCACAGGUGAAGGUGCGGAAGACAUGACAGAUGCUGUUCAAAACUUGGAAGAAGAGUUAGUUCGUGUAAAUGCUAAUGAUGAAGAGGAUGGAGAGGAUAUGACAUCUGUAGAGACACCAAGGCGUUCUGUUGACUCAACAUCAUCUAGCUCCAAGAAGCGGAAGAAAGAGUGGAAAGGAAAGAAGACUUCAUCAAGUGACCCGCUUCUUGAUGUGUUCAAUGAAGUGAGUGGUGAUCUCAAGGUUGCCACCAUGUCAAUUGGAAAAAUGGCGCAAGCUAUGGAUCGUGAGGCAUCCAAUCAAGAGAAGGCAAGAGAUGAGGAUCCACAACAAAAGCUAAGAGAGAAGGCGAUCAAUGAGGUCCGGAGACUUGAAUUUACUGGCUCAGAAGUUAUCAAAGCAGCUGGUGUGUUUGUUAGGAUGCCAGAUCAAAUGGGGAUGUUGUUUGCACUUCCAGAACCACUGAGGAGGGAAUACAUUGUCGACAUGCUACGUGAUGAAGCAGCAAGGAGAGAGAGAGAGAGGUCAAAGUGAAGGUGCUGGUCUAGAUGUUGAAUGAUGGAGCUUUGGAAGUUGCUGUUGGUUUAGUUGGUCUCAAUCUGUUUACCUUUAGUGUUCUUCAUAUGUUGUUGUUGAAUGACGGUGAAUGAUGAUAAAAACUGAAUUUUAUGAUGUUGAACGUUGUUGAAUGUUCACGAAUGGUGUUGAAUAUGGUAUUGUAUCUGUGGGUAGCUUUCAAUGUGGUUUGUUGAAUGUCGGUACCUUUCAAUAUGGUAAAAACUGAAUUUUUAUGAGUUUUGAAUGUUGUUUAAUGUUCAUGAAGGGAAUGAUGUUGAUGGUAAAUACUGAAUUUUUAUGUUCACGAAUGAUGUUGAAUGGUUUCUUAU